AUGAAGUCCAAUUUCCUCAUCGCGCUCUUCAGCUUGGCUCUGGUCGCUGUUGCUGCCCCUACCAAUAUUGGUACCGGACUUGGCGCCGGCAGUGGUGGCGGCGGUGCCGUGAGCGGCGGCGGCGGUGGCGGUGGUUCUGUCGGUGGAGGCCUCGGCUUUGGUGGUGGCUUCGGCGCUGGUUCUGGAGCCGGUGCGGGUCUUGGUGCCGGCGCCGGUGCUGGCAACUGA